GCACGUUCCCUUCCGCUCCGGUCGUGGCGUUCUCUUCCUCCGCAUUCGAUCCUCCGCGCUGCCGCCGGACUUCACAUCUUACGUUUGGACCUGGAGGAAAGCGCUACUCGUCGUGACAGCCGGUUCUCCAGAACUUUAACACGUCCAGGUCGCGCCUGAAAGACUGAGCCGCCGUUGUAUCUGUGUUUUCGAUGCACGGGAGUGCCCUGGGAGCGGCGAAGGGAGAAGACAUCGCCGGCGGUCCUGACUGUUCAGCAGGAUGAGUGAGGCAGACGGCCAGUUCUACAGCGUCCAGGUGGGAGACUCCACCUUCACGGUGCUCCAGCGCUACCAGCAGCUCCGGGCCAUCGGGUCCGGCGCCCAAGGCAUCGUCUGCUCUGCUCUGGAUUCAGUCCUCGGUGUCCCGGUGGCAGUGAAAAAGCUGUGUCGUCCCUUCCAGAACCAGACGCACGCCAAGCGGGCCUACAGGGAGCUGGUGCUGCUAAAAUGUGUCAAUCACAAGAAUAUCAUCCGUCUGAUCAAUGUGUUCACGCCUCAGAAGUCCCUGGAGGAGUUCCAGGACUUGUACCUUGUAAUGGAGUUGAUGGAUGCCAGUCUAUGCCAGGUGAUCCACAUGGACCUGGACCAUGAGCGGAUGUCCUAUCUGCUCUACCAGAUCCUCUGUGGCAUCAGGCACCUUCACUCUGCUGGCAUCAUCCACAGGGACCUGAAGCCCAGUAACAUUGUAGUGAAGUCGGAUUGCACUUUAAAGAUCUUGGAUUUCGGUUUGGCUCGUACGGCCUGCACUAACUUCAUGAUGACUCCGUAUGUGGUGACCAGAUACUACCGCGCGCCAGAGGUCAUACUGGGCAUGAAGUACAAGGAGAAUGUGGACAUCUGGUCAGUGGGGUGCAUCAUGGGAGAGAUGGUAAAAGGCGGCGUCAUCUUCCAGGGCACCGACCACAUCGACCAGUGGAAUAAGGUGAUUGAGGUUCUGGGCACGCCCAGCCUGGAGUUCAUGAACCGACUGAUGGAGACCGUGAGGAACUAUGUGAUGAACAAGCCGCAGUAUCCCGGCGUCAGCUUCAACGAGCUUUUCCCCGACUGGGCCUUUCCUUCUGACUCGGAACACGACAAAGUGAAGACAAGUCAAGCACGGGACCUGCUGUCCAAAAUGCUGGUGGUUGAUCCCGAAUGUCGCAUCUCCGUAGAAGAAGCCCUCAAUCACCCGUACAUCCAUGUGUGGUACGACCCCGGGGAGGCGGACGCGCCUCCUCCCCAGAUUUCAGACAAACAGCUGGAAGAGAGAGAGCACUCCAUCGAGCAAUGGAAAGAACUAAUUUAUGAAGAGGUGAUUGAUUGGGAAGAGAGGAACAAGAAUGGACUGAUGAAAGAAGACAGUUCAGAUGUGGUGUCAGGUUCAGCCUCACAGUCCUCGUCAGCUAACGACAUCUCGUCCAUGUCCACGGAGCACACCGUGGCCUCGGACACGGACAGCAGCAGCAUCGACACGCUGACGGGGCCGCUGGACGAGAGUCAGUGAACAAAGUCCAGCUGCGUCCUUCUGGCUGCCCCCGAGAUCCAAAUAUCAGCCCACCGCCCCCUUCCUCUCACGCUACUUUUUAUGGUUCUGAUUAUAUUUUCUGUUUCCCAGAGGUCGUAGUUAACUACUGGGUCAAAGUUUUCCAUGAGCAGGUGGCGGAAAUGUUGUUUGUCUCGUAUGUUUUAAUAUUUUUAUUUUUUUAGCAAAUAUUAUCUUGAGACCAGAUGAUAUCAAAAUAGAGCAGAAAAGCACUGAAAGUAGACCACAGCUGCUUUUCAUGCAUGUUACACCGACACCAACAAAAGCUGACCACAGGUCAUCGGAUCACAAUCCAGUUUGAUCACCCUUAGCUAGCUCACAGUAUAACACAUCUCCACUGGGGGGCUUUCUGCACCCUCUUUUUAAUCAGUUGCCUUGUGUGAUGUGGAUUUUUACCCCCUUGUAGCUUGAGAAAGCCUUUUUAUUUCAUGGUAUAAGUAGCUGUAAAGAUGUCUGACUCUCGUAGUGGCCGUUGGGUCAUUAGUGUUUCGUUUGUAUGAAAUUCAACAUUUGUGUAGUGUGUACGGCCCCCCCAUUAGACAUAAGGUACUAACAAUGUGUGUGUCAAAACAAUAUCAUAAUCCUGUACAUUUUGGAGAGGCAAAAAGAUAUACACGUGGUAUUUAUUUUUUUAUGUUCUUUCUAAAUGUUGCACUCAAUCACAUCGAGGCCCAACUGAAAAUGUGCCUCUUGUCGAAGUAUUUCAUCUAAACCAUUCCAUCAGUUCUGGAGCAGUCACUGAAAUCAUCAAACAUCAUGUAGAUAAAGGCAGUAAAACACAAAUAACGGUGUUUACUUUGCAUGAAGGCUUUAAAGAUGCCAAUAAGAUACCGUAGUUCUCGUUAUAAAGAGAAAUCCGUUCGGGUCGGUUCUUUUACUUCCAGUACCCUGAUGUUCCUAGUUCUAAAAGCCUGUUUGGUGCAGAUGUUGUUUUGGGAAUUUAUUUGCCUUGUGAACCUGUGUGUGUGUGUGUGUGUGUGUGUGUGUGUGUGUGUGUGUGUGUGUGUGUGUGUGUGUGUGUGUGUGUGUGUGUGUGUGUGUGUGUGUGUGUGUGUGUGUGUGUGUGUGUGUGUGUGUGUGUGUGUGUGUGUGUGUGUCUUAUAGAACACACAAAUGUACUGUCCAUCAUCUCCUUUAAACCGUCCUUAAAGUCAGCAGCGCCUGGUUCUAAGGGCAAAGGCUCUGGAGGAAGCUCGUGGGUUUAAAAGCAGGAUGAGGCUCAGAGUCCAGAGGGAACAUCUGGACCUUGGAGGGAAAAACGUAAACAUGAGAGAACUGGACAUUGGAGCUGCUUUUUGCAGAACUGAUUGCACAUUGUGACGGACAUGCAGAAAUAUACACUAUGGAGUAUCACUAAUGUUUUAACUGUUGCACUCUAUGCGUUUAUUUUUUAUUAUUUUUAAUGUGCCGUUGUUCUGUCAGUCAUGACUUAAAUGACCUGUUGAGUGGCAACUUCUCUCACAAAUCUUCUCAGAUUCGGUCUGAGCUUUACAAAGCUCAGGUUAAACACCUGCACAUCUCACUAUUUAGUUCAGUUAGUUUCUCGUUUUCAGAGACGUCCUGUGUUGUACCAUCACUUGGCCAACAUCUUUUGCCCGUGCGUAACUAAUAAAGUGGACAUCGGUGA